CUAGCCGAGCGAGCUAUGGUUUGCACUGCCGACGAUUUACAAGAAUGGAAAGACUUUCCUAAGGGUCUGAGAGUUCUUCUCCUUGAUCGGGACGGCCACUCCGCGGCCGAGAUAACAUCAACACUUGAGGAAAUGGAGUAUGUUGUCUGUUACUGUAGUGAUGAGAAGGAAGCUUUGUCAACAAUUUUGAACACACCGGAAAACUUCCAUGUUGCAAUUCUGGAGAUGUGCAAAGGAAAUUAUGAUGAGAGUUUUAAAUUGCUUGGAAGUUCCAAGGACUUGCCAAUCAUAAUGACUUCAGAUGUUUAUUGCCUAAGUACCAUGAUGAAGUGCAUUGCACUUGGUGCAGUUGAGUUUUUGCUGAAACCACUCUCUGAGGACAAAUUGAGGAAUAUCUGGCAGCAUGUCCUUCACAAGGCAUUUUCCAGUACACCGAAGCCUGAAGUAGACUCCGCAGCAUCCUUGAUGCAGCUCCAAUUAGAGAGUGAAGACAAUAAUGGAGUUCUGGAAGAUACGGAAGUUCUUUCUUGGAUUCAAGACGUUGUAUGGGAGCAAGAGAAACCAGAAGGAAGUGGUAUAUCUCAACUGAACCAGGGAUCAUCGUUGCAAGGUUGCUGGGAAAGUGAAAAUCAAAUGAACUGUCCAAUGGAAACAGAUAGCAGUGACAAAGAUGUACAGUCUAACUUCAUCGAAACUACUUCACAUGAUUUGGUUUGUGAAGACACCCUUCAGGAGGGCCAACCUCGAUUAUCUGGCAAGGUAAUGCUCGAAGGAGAUAGGAACUUUGUAGUUGGCUUAAACGCAGAAAGCGACCUUUAUCUUCCCUUGCAGAAUAAAUCUGGCGUCAAAAGUGGUCCUUCAGCCGCUGAGCACUCAAUCCAAGGAUCUGAUGUAAACCCUUCAGCUAGUUCCAAAGCGAGGAAAACAAAGGUGGACUGGAGCCCAGAGCUACAUAGAAAGUUUAUUCAGGCAGUCGAACAGUUAGGCAUAGAUCGUGCAAUUCCUUCCAAAAUACUUGAGUUGAUGAAAGUUGAAGGUUUGACAAGGCACAACGUUGCAAGUCAUCUCCAGAAGUACAGGAUGCAAAGGAAACAUGUGAUGCACAGAGAAGAAAAUCCAACAAGAUAUUCAAUGCAAACCAAUCACUCCCCACCAAUCAUGGCUUACCCUUCUUCUUAUCCUUACUGUGGAAUAUCCAUGUCCACCGUCUAUCGAACAUGGACGCAGACCAAUGGCCAUCCAGCUAAUGUCAACAUGCGGGGUCCGCCGCCUGAUUAUCGCUAUUGGCCGCAACCAGGAACUCAGCCAUGGAACUCUUAUGCUGGGAUGCAAGCUGAUGCAUGGGGUUGCCCUGUGAUGCUGCCUUCUCGUGCUCCAUAUUUUUCAUAUCCUCAGCAAAGUUCAUCAUCACACAAUGUGUAUACAGCAAAUAAGAGCUAUGGCACGCCUCAAAGUUCAUUUGAUCUUCAACCAGAUGAGGAGGUGAUUGACGAGAUUGUAAAUGAGGUAAUGAGGAAACCACGGUCAUCUCUUCCAUUGGGGCUUAAACCUCCUGCAGAGAUUCUUGUGGAAGAGCUUCCAAGGCAAGGAAUCUCCACUCUUACACCUCAAAUCAACGCCUUCAAUCCUCCCUGAUCCCACUCUCUCGACCUUCUUACUAUAAAUAUGUUUGGGUUAUAUUAUAAAAUAAAUUUAUGUAAUUUCAAUUUUUUAUUUGAGGUAUCAUUCAUAAUUUUUAAACUAUUUUUUUAAUUUUUAAAAAAUUUAUCUAUCCAAACUUUUUAAACGACUCAUUGAAAAAUCUACGAAGAGCAAACAUCAGACAAAAAAGUUGAGUUUGGUGCGUUGAAAAGCUAAUGUGUUUUGUAUUAGAUUAGUUUUGACGAGAUAGGUGAAGUGAUUUGUCACCCAGCGCUGUUGGCAAAGAUAUGCUUACCUGCCUGUGAUCUUUUCUUGGCCCCAUUUCCUCCCUUGUGGCCGACUACUUUACCAUGUCGCCACGAUGGACCAAUAAAAUCAAGCCUUCAUGUA